AUGCAGUCGUCAACUAACCGCCGUAAUAAACGCAUUGAAGUAAAUGCUGUUUCACUGAUUGAUUUAAAAGCUGAAAUUUCACGACGUCAGACUGAGGUAAAAGCCAAAGCCACAAAUAUUUUGAAUGUGUCAGCUCCUGUUCUUAAACGCUCAGGUGGGAGUGGUAUCAGUGGACUGCUUAAACGUCCAGUGUCCCCACCUCGUAAGGUUCGAAAACCUCUUGACACAACUGAAGCCGAAAAAUCCGCUGAGGAACAGACUGCUUGGGAUGCCUCUAGACGUAAAUUGGAAGCCAAAGCUCGAUUAUAUGAUGCUCUAAAGCAGGCUGCAAUUUCUGGCACAGGAAAAUUUGAUAAUGAAGAAGAUGACAAAGCUCCUUUGGUGGAUUUCGAACGAAAAGCAAUGGAAGCCAGCACGAUUGACACUGAUUCAAGUGAUGAUGAUCGAGAUCAAAAUCGAAGAGUGAGGACACCCCCAGUUUUGAAUGUGGAACCAGUUAGUAUUCCUGAUGGACCCAUAACCUACGCACAUCUGCGUCGCGGUGAAGUGCGUGACCACGGAACUGGGUUCUACGCCUUUUCUGAAGAUGCCGAGCAGCGAGCAACGGAACAGGCAGCACUUCGCGACCUCCGUCAGCGAACAGAACAAGCUCGAGAACGAGUGGAGGCUGAACGCGCUAAACGCAGUAUAGCAAUGGGUCGCCGAUUGGCCCAAUUGCGAGCUCGGAAGGGACUGCCUGAUGUAGCUACAGCUGCAGCUAAUCUACUCGAGGAAAGCAAGCAAUCGCCUUCUCCUCAAAUUGCAGAUAUCCCUCCUCCAUCUUCUCCUUCUCAACCUGAACCUGUUGGAGAACAGCUGGGUUCUGAUGAUCUAGACAUCGCCUCCAUGUUGCGUAGAUUGAGAGAUGAGGCUGAGGCGAAAAAUGAGGCUAAGAACGCCUCUUCCUCUGUUGAAGUCGUUGUACAAUCGACUAGAAUGGAGUCUACCCUUCCACGGCCUUCAUAUAUGCCUAAAACUCGCAUUACUAGGGAAUGGGAUCGAGGAAAGACAUUUGUACAGUCUUCUGUUUCUUAUUCCUCCCAGUCCUCAUCUAAUCAACAAAGGAGCAGGCAUUCCGCUCCUAAGAGGAGAGAAAUCGCAAAUAAAGACGAUGAGAAAGACCCCGAAUUUGCACCACCAAAGUUUUACUAA